AUCAAAUCAAAACUGUGCACGAGCAAUGAUAUUCUUGCGUCAUCAUCUUGACGAGAUUCUGAAAAUCGAAUAUCUGACAGUUAAGGAUCCACUUGUUUUGUGGAAAAACCUAAAAGAAAGAUUUGACCACUUGAAGAUGGUCAUACAUCCAAAGGCACGAUAUGAUUGGAUGCAUCUAAGGCUACAAGACUUUAAGUCUAUACAUGAGUAUAAUUCUGCCAUGUUCAGAAUCACUUCUCAAUUGAAAUUAUGUGGAGAAACGGUUAGUGAGAUUGAUAUGAUGGAAAAGACGUUCUCCACUUUCCAUGCCUCGAAUGUGCUCUUGCAGCAACAAUAUCGAGAGAAAGGUUUCAAAAAGUAUUCUGAACUAAUUUCUCAUCUUCUUGUGGCCGAGCAAAAUAAUGAUUUAUUAUUGAAAAAUCAUGAGAAUCGACCUACUGGAUCUGAACCACUUCCUGAAGUGAAUGAGGCGUACGCCCACCAUGCUAGGCGUGGAAAAGGUCGCGGUCCUAAUCGUGGACGUGGACGUGGUCGUGGACGUGGACGUGGUCGUGAUUAUGGUCAAGAACGUAAUUCUAAUCUUGGCAUUAAUCAUUCAUCAAAUAAAAAGGAAACAAUAAAUUAAGGCUCAAUUUCUAAUAUUUAAUCAUUAAUUUAUUCCUUUGAAUAUAUUGUACCCUUUUGACAACACUAAUAUUUAAUAUAUAUUUAUUUUGUGUAUGUCAUUUCAUGUGAAGAUAUGGAUAAUUCUAAGAACAUAUUAUCGAAAUAUGAA